CCGCAAUCCGCUGAAGCGCUGAGUAGUACGACGCAGUCACGUGUGCAGAGAACGGCUUCUGAUAUCCCUUGACAAGCGGUACAUGUCUGUCCGACUCUGAUAUAGAAUACUGCAGAAUAUUAUUUUAAUUUUUUUUCACUUCUAAAUUGGCACUCUUCUAAUUUUUUUCCUGACUAUUUAAUUUUUCAAUAAAUUCCCUUUCCCGCGCUCAGUGUGAACCCUCUUAGAAGCCCAUACCUCCGACAUUCUGCCGACAACUCCCGGAGCUCCCCUGAGGUGGGCAGGCUCAAAAAAAUUGGGCGUCCUAUGAACGCAUCAACCUCAUAACCCUUUGUAUUCUAUUCCCCUUGCCUCCUUUCGACGACGUUUGCAUCCGCGCUUUCUUUGCAGUUGCGCCAUUUCGAUCUUCAUUUCGACAAUUUUAAUUCUCCUUCUUUAAUUCUAUCCCUCUUGUCCUCUCCCUACCUACAAAAUGGUGCAAACUUCCACUGUCGUGACGGCAACCGUCGCAACGGCUGCCACUGCCAUCGUCGCUUACGCCGUCUACUUUGAUUACCGCCGCCGCACGCAAGCCGGCUUCCGUCGCGACCUCCGAAGAAACGAGCGCAGACAAGCCCGCGCCGAGAAGGAGGAGGCUGCUGCUUCCACCCAGCGCCAGCGCGAUUCCAUCAAGCAGAGAGUCGAUGAGGCCAAGGAGGAGGGCUUCCCUGCUGGCGUUGAGGAGCGUGAAGCUUACUUCAACGAGCAGGUCAUGACUGGUGAAAUGAUGAGCCAGGAUCCCUCCCAAGCCAUCGAGUCCGCCCUCGCCUUCUACAAGGGCCUCAAGGUCUACCCUGCCCCGGGUGACCUGAUCAAGAUCUACGAUAGUACCGUUCCCAAGCCCGUAUUAGACAUUCUGGCCGAGAUGAUUGCCUACGACUCUUCCCUCGACAUUAACUCUCGCCCCAUGCCCGCCGGCAUCAACCUCAGCGAGAUCCCCAACGUCGGCCUCGACUAAAGCGUACAACGCCAACACUACAUGUAAUACCAAACACAUCUUUUUGGUAUAACACAGCAUCCAAUGCGCCACUCGACUCGAACGGCAGAAGAGAUGUUGCGGAACUUAAAAUGAUCCGCAGUCUUGCCAAAAUGCCACAACAAAUCUCUUUGUAAAACGGCUUGGGCAUACCACCAAAGCCAAAUGUACCAUAUUGUCAUCUUUCAAGCUUCACGAAAAAUUUUAGAGCUUUGUGUAAACAUUAUACGCGGUAAAGGGGGCUUGGGAAAGACAGUUAUGGUUAGGUUUUUUCCAUCAAAAUAUUCAUGAUUUUAUAUUUCCGCAAAAGAAACCACAGUAAAUACAUAAAUUUUGCUGCUAGAAGGUGAUGUACAUGCUAAACAGGUUCCUCAUUUUGUCAUAGAAGCUACUCUGGUGCUUCUCGAACAACAAUGGCCUCCUUCUUGCGACCCUUACGGUCAACACGGUCAUCUCUGGGGUCAAAACCGCCGUUACCCCAGAGCGCCCAUUCUGGUGUAGGGGGGCCCAUGUAGUCCUCUGGGGUCCAGUCUCCAUCUGCACCUCUCUCCUCCAGCAGCUCAAAGAAGCGCUUGUAGUCGAUGUGGGUAUGCCAUUUGCCGUCCACCUUGAAACGCUCACUCGCUAAGAGAAUGCAGCAACUGUGGGCAUGUUCCGCAGCAAUGCCGUACUUGAGGCCCUUUGCUUCCAGGCGCUUCUCAAGAGCACGAGCAAACUCGCAGACUUCCCAGUAGAAGGGAACGUUGGACAUGCUCAAGCCUGCAUUCGACGACGUCGAUGUUCCGCAGUAUGUUACACCUUUAAUCUCGACAAAGCAUGGCAGGCCGCGCUCCACAAGCUGGGCAUAACCUUCGGCUUCGUCUUCAAUGUUGAAGCCCUUGACAAGGGUCAAUCGGAAGACAGUGCGGUGACGGAAGCGCUUCUCUCUCAAGAUAUCCAAGCAGCGCUGGAAACGCUCCCAGAAGUCGCGAUGGAGAGGACGGUCAAUCUUUUUCAACGACUCCUUGUUGGAUGCAUCAAUGGAGACAUACAACUGAGUGACAGCCUUGAGCGCCGCUAGCUCAUCGGGAUGCUGGGCGUUGCAGACGAGGAAAGAAGAGAUUCGCUCCGCGUGAAGUAGAGCGAGAAACUCAUUGAUAUGAGGAUAGAAGAUGGGUUCACCAACGAGGGAGAGAGCACAGUGGCGAAUUUGAAGCGCCUCUGAAUAACGUUCUGCUCGGACACCGGGCACACCCUUCAUCAUCUUGAUUUUCUUGUAAUGGUUCUCCUUGACGCCGUCAAAGAUCAUGUCAGGCGGGUCAACAACCCAGCGCCAGUUGGUUCCGACAGGGUUUGUGCCGUGUCUCCAGCAGAAGACGCACUUGUUGGAGCAUGAGAGAGACGGGGUAGUCUCCAUGCACUGGUGGGAGUUGAUGCCGUAGAGGGAAUACUUGUAGCAACUGCCUCGACCACGGAGGGCGGAUUUGGUCCAGCGGCAAAUCUUGACGCCGGAGUGAGAGCCGACAAUGGCAUAACCUUGCUUGGUAAGAGCGGUAUAUGUAGGCGAGUUUUUAGCCACCAUUUCUUUGGCGCCGCUGGGGUGGUUAGGCUUGGCGGUUGUUUUUCCGUAGGUGGUAAAGUCAACGGCGAUGGGUGCCUUUUUGCUCUUCUUGUCGCCUGCAGUAGAGGAAUUGAUCAUUUUGCCAAGGUCUUCCAAGUCGUCUAAGCCCCUGGAGCUACUGUUCUUUUGUGUUGCAACCUCUUCGUCGUCAAAGACAACUUCGCCGUCGUCAUAUUCCUCUUCUACGUCAGCAUCACUUUCAUCUGCGGCUCCGCUGCCGGGAAUUCCUUCGCCGAGGAGGCCAGUGGUAGCGAUAUGGCGAAUAGUGUCUUCAAUUCCUGAAGCCCAUUCUGCGAAGCGCUCAACAUGGUCACUCUUCAUAUCGCCCAUACCGACAGGGUAGGCUCUCUUUCUGCCAGUCAGCUUGGCCAUCCACUUAUCAACAUCCUUUGCCUGGAAGCAGAAACCCUCGUUCUCGUUGGGCCAACCCUCCUUAUCACCAUAUCCGAAGACUGCGUAGCCAAGCAAGGGAGCAAGAGGCGCAGUGUCGAUACGGAAGUCGUGGUGUGUUUCUUGCAAGUGCUCGAGAAAUGUGUCGUUGAUGGAGUCGAUGUUGUAGCUAGGCAGCAGGAAGAGAUAGAGGUACGCGGUUGGUUCGGCUUCUUUCGGGGGGCUGAUGAAGUAGUCAUCAAAAUCAACUUCCGCGAGGUCGAGCAACUCUGGCGCAAGUGUCUUUCGUCCAGUCGAGGCGGUGAUUUCAGCCAGGCGCUUGCUGAGAGACUCGACGUAGGCGGUAGCCAGCUUUUCCGUCUUUGUUGUAAUUGAAGAGAAGAAGACCAGAACUUUGAUGGGCUUGGUCAAGUCAACUUCGUUCGACUCAGUGCUAGGCUUUUUGGCCAAACCGCCUUUUAUUCUCUUCGGACCGCUAGCCUUUGUCGUGGGCGAAGCCUCCUUGGGCUUGGUGCCUGUCUUUUCCUUUUCGUAUAACUUUGGCAAAGCAUUCAGCUCAACUCCAUCAUCGUUGAGGUGCAAAUACACACGGAGUGCGGCAAGCGUUG